AUGAACCGGUUUCUUUCCACUCUCAAAAGCUCUCGUAGCCGGCCACGAAAAUCUCACCGCCACCGCCAUCGCCACUACCACUCUCGCUCAGAGAGCACCGAGUCCCUCUCCUCUAGCUGCCAAAGCAGGCACAGAGCCAGGUCUCGGGAGGAAGGCCAUAAAGCAAGACGAAGACGCUCCCAGCACUGUUCAAAGAGCACUGAGACGCGAAGCAUGUCUGCAGAGGGUCAAGCCAGCCAAACCCUUCAGAUCUACAGCUUCCUCUCGGCUAAGGAAGUAAUCUCUCAGUCGGGGUCAUCUGCUGACCUCUUUACCAAAACAGACAGCCCGCUUGGCAACCUAGCCAGUCGGAAUGGAGGGGCCCAUGAAUCUGACUCAGGAAACGAUACUUCUUCCCCUCCCUCCACUCAGACGAACUCAGCCAGGCCAAAGGACAGCCAGGAGAAGAGAAGCCGAGCCCACAAUGGCUUUGGCCGGGCCUUCUCACCUGGGAAGCCCAAAUUGGCCAACAGCGAUAACAGCUCUGAUUCGGGAAAUUCCUUCACCAGUUGUUUUUCCCAGAGCAAGGGAACAACUUUGGAAAAUCUCUCUCCGGAUGCCCAGGGACAGGACCAAAGAAGUUUCCUGUCCCCGUGUCUCGCCUGCUCGGAGGUGAAGAAGCAGAGCCCCCUGCAUUCCCCAGAGCGCAGCUCCCCACUGAGACCGUGCUCCCGCAGCGGGUCGUACACCAGCACAGGGCGGUCCUCCCGUGGCUCCAGUCGCUCCGCCCACUCCCGCUCAUUGCAUCACCAGGCCACGCCCAGGUACUCCCGAAGCAGAUCCUGCUCCUCAGGGAAAAGGUCCUAUUCAUGUUCCCCUAGCUACUCAUCCAAGUCCUGCAAAAGAAGCCCUGGAAGCAGGAACUCCAGACCGCGUCGGAGCCCCAGUUAUUCCCGCUACAGCCCCAGCAGGGACCGUGCGAGAGAGCACACGUACGGCUCCAGCGAGAAGGAGUCCCAGCGGGAGCGGAACAGGCGGCGGCGGAGGUCCUACUCGCCCAUGAGGAAACGCAGGAGAGAUUCUCCCAGCCACCUGGAAGCUCGCCGCAUCACGAGUGCCCGGAAACGCCCCAUCCCAUACUACAGGCCCAGUCCUUCCUCCUCCAGCAGCGUCAGCAGCUGUUCCUCCUGGUACAGCAGCGUUAGCCGCUCUCCCGGCCGCAGCCGCAGCUACUCCAGCUACAGGAGCAGCCGGAGCAGAAGCUGGAGCAGCAGCAGCGACAGCGGCCGGAGCCGGAGCCGGAGUUCGGGCCCAAGGAGCAGCCGCAGCAGGAGCAAGAGUUACGACUCUGCGGACAGCUAUGCCAGCCUGCGGCGCUAG